UUCAUAAUGUAGCACGCAGUGUACUGCAAUGAUGUGGUAAAAGUGAUGCGAGAAGCAUAUUGAGAUAAAAAAAAAAUGCGAUCCGUCGCAUACUUAUCAAUGUUUAUAAUUUUAAUGGUAAUAUUGCAUGAUUGUGCCGAGAGUAAAAGUGUGCAGAAAAAACCAAGCAAAACCAACAAAGCUCAAAAAGGCAGCAAGGUUCAGAAGGGCACAAGUAAAGCAGGGACAGCAAAUGUGAAUAAAAAGAGGCAGCAAAUUAUCAAAUGCUGUGGAGAAGAUUCGUGCUCUGCGCCGUCGCUGACCAAAGGCAAUAAAACAAAAUCCGAUCCUCCAGCAAAUAAUCCGGCUGCAAGUACGGCUGCAACACAGCCACCUGAAGACCCUGCUGGAGAUACAGGGGCAGGAGGUGCGGCGGGAGACGCUUCUGUUUCAGAUUCGGGAGCCCCUGUGGCCAAUACGGACGCUCCCGCGAACCCUCCAUCUGAUCCUCCGGCAGACCCCCCAGCCAACCCUCCAGCAGAUCCUCCGACCGAUCCUCCAACUGAAGCAACAACUGAGCAAGCUGUUGGCUAUACCGGAGCAACUGCGGGCCCAGAUGGCCAAUAUGUUUAAGGAACUGACCAGAAAUUUAAAUAAUAAUAAUCGGUCAAAUUCGGUUAUGCGUCAGUAUUUAUAAAUUGCUCAAAAUUCUAUUGAUAUGUAGAAAAAAAUUUACCAAUUGUUCAGUAAUUUUAAAUUAAUUGAUGAAAUAACUUCUUGGGAAAUUAAUUUUCUGUUCCAUUUUAUAACAAUCAUAAAACAAACUUUUAUUCAAAAUUCCUUCAUAA